GCUGUCACCACACCUCUGGAUUAGUUAUCUGAGCUCUCUGAGCAAAGCCCUCAGUUGAAACUCUAAGGCUCUGGGAAGGAAAUCAUUCUUGUGACUGUGACACACUCUCCAGUCCCCAUAUGCUGAGAUUAUACUUCUUCAUCAGCUUGAUGUGCUUGGUGAGAUCAGACACAGAUGGAACAUGUCCUUCAUUCACCCGACUGAGCUUCCACAGUGCAGUGGUUGGUACGGGACUCCGGGUAAAGUUGAUGCUCUACACGAGAAGAGACCCGACCUGCGCACAAGUCAUCAACGCCACAGCUUUGGGGAACUUGAACGUGACCAAGAGAACCACCUUCAUUAUCCAUGGGUUCAGGCCAACAGGCUCCCCUCCCGUUUGGAUAGGGGACUUAGUAGAGGGUUUGCUCUUCAUAGAGGACAUGAACGUGAUUGUUGUUGAUUGGAAUCGAGGAGCUACAACGGUAUUAUACAACAAGGCUGCUGAUAAGACCAGAAAAGUAGCAACAGUCUUGAAGAAAUUUAUCGAUCACCUGUUGACAAAAGGAGCAUCUCUUGACGACAUUUACAUGAUUGGAGUAAGUCUAGGAGCCCACAUAUCUGGGUUUGUUGGAGAGGAGUACAAUGGGAAGCUGGGGAGAAUUACAGGCCUCGACCCUGCCGGCCCUUUAUUCAACGGGAAACCGCCCGAGGACAGAUUAGAUCCCAGCGAUGCACAGUUUGUUGACGUCAUCCAUUCCGACAUUGAUGCACUGGGCUACAAGGAACCAUUAGGAAACAUAGACUUCUAUCCAAAUGGAGGAUUGGAUCAACCUGGUUGCCCCAAAACAAUAUUUGGAGGAAUGCAGUACUUUAAAUGUGACCACCAGAAGUCCGUGUACCUGUACCUCUCUUCCCUGAGAGAGAACUGCACUGUCACUGCGUAUCCCUGCGACUCCUACCGGGAUUAUAGGAACGGCAAGUGUGUCAGCUGUGGCACACCACAAACGGAGUCCUGUCCACUUCUGGGCUAUUUUGCUGAUAAUUGGAAAGACUAUUUAACGGAGAAAGACCCUCCUAUGACUAAAGCAUACUUUGACACAGCUGAGGAGAAACCGUUCUGCAUAUAUCAUUACUUUGUGGAUAUUAUAACUUGGAACAAGAACAUAAGAAGAGGGUCCAUUACAAUCAAAUUGAAAGACAAAGCUGGAAAUACCACAGAAUCCAAAAUUGAUCAUGAACCUGCAACAUUCCAGAAAUACCACCAAGUGAGUCUGCUUGCAAGGUUUAGUCGAGACCUGGAUAAAGUGGCAGCCAUUUCCCUCGUGUUCUCUACAGGAUCUGUAGUAGGCCCGAGGUACAAGCUCAGGAUUCUCCGAAUGAAGUUAAGGUCACUUGUCCAUCCAGAGAGGCCCCAGUUGUGUCGGUAUGACCUUGUUCUGAUGGAAAACAUUGAAACCGUCUUCCAACCUAUUCUUUGCCCAAAGUUGCAAUUGUAACUGUUGUCAGGACACAUGAGCACCAAGGAACAUCAAGAAAGCUCUGGCAGGCUUUCUGAGAGCUUCGCCUUCCUUACCGUCUCCUCCAGGCACAAAAAGUACGGAAUAACCAGGGUUUUUCCAGUCGUGUCCCAUGGAUGUCACAUUGCAAAAUGUCAGACGACUUUGGAUUAUAGAACAGUCCUGAGAAGGCAGGCCUUAAGUAGGGCAAGUCUGAAAUAGCCAGGCCCCAGGCAGCCAGCGCCUUCUGUGGCUGCGUCCUGGGGCCUCCUUUGUUCUGUCCUGUGAUUCUGCUGCCUGUCACUCAGGCGGUUCAGCGGGACAAGCACCUUAAAGGGAAGGACUGGCUGGAGACCUCACUUUGGACUCGACUCCACAUUCCCUGUGCCAAUUCCUCCAGGUCCCUGCAUAUAGAAGGGAACCAGACGGACCUACCUCACAGGGCUGUCGAGUGGGUCUUGGAGGCAAGUCUGUGAAGGGUUCUUCGAAAUCCCAUGGGUGCCACAUCUGUGAGUGGUAUGAUAAAUGUGAAUUGCUUUUAUUUAAUUUUAUAAGGCUUAUCUUACAUGCAAUAAGAGAGCUAUUCCUUAUCAACACCAGCUUCUCUCUUGGGCUGCUCUGGGAAGGUAAGAAAGCCAUACCCUGGCUUCCCACCUCCUCUACAUUGGGGAAAAUGUUUAUUUUUCCUUAUUACUACUGUAAUCCAUGAUUAUUGAAGGAAAUUUAGACAAUGCAUAGAUGCAAAAUGAGCAUAUGCUAUACACAGUUCCACCUGUUAGAGGGAAUUACUGUUAACCUUUUGGAAUAAUGCUAAGUAACUUGUGUGCUAACAUAGGGGUUCCAAGCAUAAACCGGUCUGCUCCUGGAGCACGGGCAGCCUCCAGCUUGAGGGAUUCUUAGGCUUCCCCAGGGCUAUGUGUGACCCAGGAAUCUGGAAUGACUGCAGCAGCCAAGCCAAGGCCAAGAGGGCCAAGGCCAGAACCAAGGGAGGACCAUUGGUGGGGCCAGAUGCCCAGUGUGUGGACAGCCAAAGGGGUGAGCACCACGCUUCCCACAGCUGUGGCCACUGUGGGAAAUUCUGUGAUUCCUGAGUGUCACAGGCCCGGUGACUUCCUCACCCAAGUGAUUCUCCUACUGCUUUCUGUGAGAACAGCCCUUAUUUGAAAGAAAUGGACUCUCUAUUUCAUGAAUUAGAGGGUUCUGUAA